AAUGCGUCCGAUUGGUGGCACUUGCCCACCAUCCCACGUCAAUCAAAAAUGACAACACGGACGAUUUUUUAACAAAAUAAUCGAAAAAUGGCUAAAAUGCAAGAAGUUCCAACGGACGAACUCCUCUCGUUUCAAGACUAUCCCUCAGUACAUUCAAAUUUGCAAGAUACAAGCGCCCAGUUGAAUAUAAGUAACGAUAAUUUCACUUCUAGUCAAGCAAACGAUACUGGGGCCCCCUUGGACGAGACAAACCCAUCUGCAACAAAAUCGUUUUGGACGCUUGAGUACUACCAACAGUUUUUCGACGUAGAGACAAAGGAUGUGAUUGAGCGGAUAAUAGCCUCAGUUACGCCGAAACGGGACAGUACUUUGAAGCACCACCUUCGUCAUAAACCCGACUUGUAUGGGCCGUUCUGGAUAUCGGUCACUUUAAUUUUUACGAUUGCCAUUAGUGGAAACAUCGCUAAUUAUCUCCAACAGGCGAAUAAUCAGUACCAUUGGAAAUACAACUUUCGUUUAGUUUCAUACGCCGCAACGGCGAUUUAUAUUUAUGUUUUGUUAAUCCCUUUCGCUUUGUGGGCUUUGCUGAAGUGGAGUUCUGAUGUUAAUGACUUGGAGGGCCUGGAAAGUGGCACCACUCCAAGUGCGCUUGAACUGAUCUGUAUUUACGGUUAUUCACUCUUUAUCUACAUCCCGGCCUCAAUUCUAUGGUCCAUUCAGAUCAAUUUGUUGCAAUGGUUGCUUGUUUUAAUCGCUGCGUUAGUAUCAGGGGCUGUUUUACUUUUCACUUUAUUGCCAGCUUUGAGGCUCUCAAGACACAAGUUUUUUCUAAUGAUUGGGAUCGCCUCCUGUCACCUGUUACUAGCGGCAGGUUUCAUGUUGUACUUCUUCCACGUUCCUGCCACUUCAGUCAUUGAAUCCCACGAUUUAAAUAAAAACCAUACCAAAUCAAUAUAAAUUUAUUUGUAAUUGUAACGCUAAUAAUAUACAAAUAUAAUGUAA